AUGGGACCGUCGACAUUCGUCUCAGCGUUCUUCUUGACGCUCCAACUCGUUGCUUCGCCAUCGCUUGCAGCUCCGUCACCUGAUGUUGGCCAAGCUGCUGCCAAUGCCACCGGCCUGAACUGGUGGAUGGCAGACAUCAGGCGGCAAGGGAGAGCGGCCUACGCUGCCCCAGACUACGUCGUAUUUCGCAACGUCAAGGACUACGGUGCCAAGGGCGACGGGAGCACUGAUGACACUGAGGCCAUCAACCGGGCCAUCUCCGAUGGGAACCGCUGUGGUAAGGGGUGCGAUUCCAGCACCACAACUCCGGCUCUCGUCUAUUUCCCUCCCGGUACCUACUCUGUGUCAAGGCCCAUCGUCCAGUACUACUACACUCAGCUGGUCGGUGAUUUUGUUGGCAUGCCCACUCUCAGGGCUACCCCCGACUUCAAGGGCAUAGCUGUCAUCGACUCGAAUCCCUACGUCGACGGCGGCAAGAACUGGCAUACCAACCAGAAUAACUUCUUUCGGCAAAUUCGAAACUUCAUAGUUGAUCUCACUCAUCUUCCCAAGGAGACUGGCACGGGUAUCCAUUGGCAGGUUGCCCAGGCCACGUCGCUGCAAAACAUCGUGUUCAACAUGAUUCAGGACAAGUCACCCGACAACAAGCAGCAGGGUAUCUUCAUGGAGAAUGGAUCUGGUGGUUUUAUGAGUGACCUGACUUUCAACGGCGGCGCCAUGGGUGCUUUUCUCGGUAACCAGCAGUUCAUGACCCGCAACCUGAAGUUCAGAAACUGCAACACCGCCAUUUUCAUGAACUGGAACUGGCUCUGGACUUUCCACGGCGUCUCCAUUGACAACUGCGGCGUGGGCAUCAACAUGGCCAACGGAGGGGACGGCGCUCAGACUGUCGGCUCCAUCGUCCUCGUCGACAGCACCAUCUCCAAUACCCCUGUCGGUGUUAUUACCGCCUACAGGCCUGAUCAAGUCGGCACCAACGGUACACUUGUUCUUGACAAUGUCGACACAAGGACCAAUGUCCCCGUCGCAGUCCAAGACGAAAACAAGCGGACAAUUCUCCCGGGCAACACCCUUAUUCAAUCCUGGGCGCAGGGCCGAUCCUACAAAGGCCCGACUGGCGAGGCCAGACAGGGUGAGAGGAGUGCCGCCCCCCGGCCUGCUGGUCUUCUCGACAGCACGGGCAGAUACGUCACGAGAAGCAAGCCUCAAUACGAGGACGUUGCAGCGGGCAAAUUCAUUUCUGUCAAGUCGCAAGGCGCCAAGGGUGACGGAACGACUGAUGACACAGCCGCGAUCCAGAAAGUCUUCGACAUGGUGCGCCCGGACCAGAUUGUCUACUUCGACCAUGGUGCUUACCUCAUUACCGACACCGUCAGGGUCCCCAAGAACGUCAAGGUUGUUGGUGAGCUGUGGCCCCUGAUUAUCGCUGGUGGCUGCAAGAAUUUCCUGGAUGAGUCGAACCCCAGGCCCGUCUUCCAGGUCGGCAAGUCUGGUGAUGUUGGCAACGUCGAAAUGCAGGAUCUCAUAUUUCAGACUCGGGGCCCCCAGCCUGGCGCUAUUCUCAUGGAGUUCAACGUUGCUGGCGAAUCCGUUGGAUCUGCCGCCCUGUGGGAUGUUCACUUCCGCGUCGGAGGCAGUGCUGGCACGAGGCUCCAGUCUGACAAGUGCAGCAAGCAGCCCGAAAAAGUUGGUCCGCCAAACCGUGAGUGCAUGGGUGCCUUCUUGCUCGUCCACGUUACCGCGGGUGCCAGUCCCUACUUCGAGAACACUUGGCUCUGGGUCGCCGAUCACGAACUGGACCGGCCUGACCACAAUCAACUCUCCAUUUACAACGGUGGAGGCCUCCUCGUCGAUAAAGCCGUAAGAGUGGUGUUGGUGGCGGUGUUUGUUGAGCACAACCAAAAGUACAACAUCCAGUUCGUCGGGGUCAGGGAGGCUGUUGUGAUGCUUUUCCAAACGGAGACGGCAUAUAUGCAGGGCAACCCAGAUGCUCGCCAGCCGUUCAAGGCCAACAGCAGGUUCUCGGACCCCGACUUCACCCAGUGCACCGGCCCUAAGUGUGCCCGCACCGUGGCACUCCGAUUCGUGGACUCGACCGACGUCCGUGUGUUCGGCGUCGGCUCCUACAGUUUCUUCGACAACUACGCCCAGACAUGUGUUGGUUUGAAUAACUGCCAGGACCGCAUAAUACAUGUCGAGAAUUCCAAGGUGGAAAUGUGUGGUGUCAGCACCAAGGCCAGCGUGGAAAUGGUGACGUUGAAUGGUCAAGCGGCGGCUCUGGACUCUCACAACCGUAACAACUUUUGCGGCACGAUUUCUGAUUUUAGUUCAUAUUAG